CCGGCGCUGCCCGCCCGCAGCCGCGCUGCCCCGCGCAGGGAUGUUCUCCAGGAAGGGCCACGCCGAUGUCAGGAAAUCCACGCAGAAGGCGCUGGACCCGAAGCGGGACGUGCUCACCCGCCUCAAGCACCUCCGGGCGCUGCUGGAUAUUGUGGACGGGAGUGACCUGAAGCAAUUUUUUGAGAGCAAUUAUUCUCAAAUUUAUUUUGUAUUCUAUGAAAACUUCAUAACACUGGAAAAUAGCUUGAAACAAAAAGGGAAUAAAUCACAAAGGGAGGAGCUGGACUCCAUUCUCUUUCUUUUUGAAAAAAUAUUGCAGCUGCUACCUGAGAGGAUUUUUUACCGAUGGCAUUUUCGCAGUAUAGGGUCGAUUCUGAAGAAGCUUUUGCACACUGGGAAUUCUCUCAAGAUAAGAUGUGAAGGAAUACGCCUGUUUCUUCUCUGGCUCCAAGCGCUUCAGACUAACUGUGGGGAAGAGCAGAUAUUAAUAUUUGCAUGCCUCGUGCCUGGCUUUCCACCCCUUACCUCCUCCCGAGGUCCCUGUACACUGGAUAACCUCAUUAGCCCUCCAAAUUCACCGGAUGCCAAGAUUUCUCCAGAAGAAAUAACCCCACUUGUGCCAGCGGUCUCUGGAGAGAAAAUUGCUGAAGACCAAACCUGCUAUUUUCUGCAGCUGCUGUUAAAAUACAUGGUGAUUCAGGCUGCAAGCUUAGAGUGGAAGAAUAAGGAGAACCAAGACACUGGGUUUAAGUUUCUCUUUACCUUGUUUAGAAAAUACUACCUUCCUCACUUGUUUCCAUCGUUCACAAAGCUGACCAACCUCUACAAGCCUGUUCUGGAUAUUCCUGAUGUAAGACCGAGGCCAGUGUACAUCCCUGCAACACGGAGCAAUGAGAGUGUCUAUAGCACCAAGAUCCCCUACAUGGCAGCUCGAGUUGUUUUCAUUAAGUGGCUUGUUACCUUCUUCCUCGAGAAGAAAUACUUACCUGCUGUUCAGAAUGCGAAGAAUGGGGGGGAAGUGCUCCCUAAAAUCAUUCAGACUGUUGGUGGUGCAAGCCAGGACAGACCCCCCGAGCUGGAGACGGGCGCAUCGCAGGCGGGCGAGCAGGAGCGGAGCCACUCCAACAGCAGCAGCCUGUCCGACAGGCGGCUCAGCGCCUGCAGCCUCUGCAGCGUGGAGGAGCAGCACCGCCCCGCCUAUGACAUGGUGCAGAGGAUCCUCCUGUCCACCCGGGGCUACGUGAACUUCGUGAACGAGGUGUUCCGGCAGGCUUUUCUGUUGCCACCUUGUGAUGUAUCUGCAACCCGGAAAGUGGUGAAGGUGUACCAGAAGUGGAUACUGCAGGAGAAGCCGGUGUUCAUGGAGGAACCAGACAAGAAGGAUGAUGGGCAGGAUGGUGGUGACAACCUAGAAGAUUCCUCAGCGCAGACGGAUGGUAAACAUCUUUCCUCUGAGCACUCGGGACACAAGCGCUCCUCCAGCUGGGGCAGGACGUACUCCUUCACCAGUGCUGUUAACAGGGGAUGUGUGCUGGAAGAGGAGGACAGAAACGUUAAAGCUGGUGCUCAAGCUGCAUUACAGGUGUUCCUGACAAACUCUGCAAAUGUUUUCUUGCUGGAGCCCUGCCCUGAGGUCCCUGUGCUGCUGAAGGAGCAGGUGGAUGCUUGCAAAGCUGUUCUGAGCAUCUUCAGGCGCAUGAUAAUGGAGCUAUCUAUGAAUAAAAGGACAUGGGAGCAGAUGUUACAGAUACUCCUUAGAAUAACAGAAGCUGUGAUGCAGAAGCCAAAGGAAAACCAGAUCAAAGAUGCGUUCGCUCAAAGCAUGUCAGGAUUGCUUUUCCGAACCCUCAUCGUGGCGUGGAUCAGAGCCAACCUGAGCGUGUACAUCUCCCGGGAUCUGUGGGAUGAGCUGCUUAGUGUCCUGUCCUCCCUGACCGACUGGGAGGAGCUCAUCACCGAGUGGGCCAACAUCAUGGACUCUCUGACAGCCGUGCUGGCCAGAACCGUGUACGGGGUGGAGAUGACAAACUUGCCCUUGGAUAAGCUCAGUGAACAGAAAGAAAAAAAACAGAGAGGGAAAGGUGGCAUUUUGGAGCCUCAGAAGACAGCUGUAGUGGGAAGAUCUUUCUCAUUAAGCUGGAAAAGCCAUCCUGAAGUUGUGGAGCCAAUGAGAUUCAGAAGUGCCACAACCUCUGGAGCUCCAGGGGUUGAGAAGGCAAGAAAUAUUGUUCGUCAGAGAGCAACAGCCAAGCGCAGCCAGUCUAUCAGCAACUGUGUGCACCUUUAUGAGGCUUUGCCAGCCACUAAAAGCGUCCCUCUCCUGCUUCACACUGUGAGCUCUCUCUUACCUGGUAUCUCUUACACUUCUUGCUCUCACAGACUGUCAGAAGUGGAAGAAUCCCAGCAGCUGGAAAAUCCAGUGGGAGCAGAAGCCUCGGGCCUGUUUGCAGAGCCAGAGCUGGAGCUGACUCGGAGCAGCAGCACCUCGGACAUCGCAGAGCAGCUCCCACCCGAUGUUCUCCAAGGUAAAAAGGCUGGAGCUCCUCAUAAUUCCACUUCUGCAGACUCCAGAUGUGUUCAGGAAAAUACGGGAUGCGCAAAGAAGGAACAUGAAGCUGAGCAAGUACCAGUCCGAAGAAGCAGCAGCACAGCUGAGUUGGAUUUGAGGGCAGACUGGCAGCAAUCCCAUGGGAAUUGCAGAGAGAGAGAAAAAAGUGAGAGCGUCAGCAGUGACACGUCCAUCGGCUACAACAACGAGGUGGAGAUCGCUCUCAUCCCCUGGCAAGCCUCUGAAGAUGACCCUGAGGUGAAUGCCUCAGCAGAUGUUUGUGUGGAUGCUGAUGCUCCUCGCUGGCUUCAGCUUAGCCCCUCGGACACCGCGAACCUGACAGACAGCAGUGAGUUCCUUGCUGAUGACUGCAGUAUAAUUGCUGGCGGAAGCCUCGUCGGUUGGCAUCCCGAUUCUGCUGCCGUGUUAUGGAGGAGGAUCUUGGGAAUUCUUGGAGAUGUGAACAAUAUAAAGUCACCUAAGAUUCAUGCAAAAGUGUUUGGGUAUCUCUAUGAGUUGUGGUACAAACUUGCAAAGAUCCGGGACAACCUCGCUAUAAGUGUGGACAAUCAGUCUACUCCCUCUCCUCCUGUCCUCAUUCCUCCUCUCAGGAUAUUUGCAUCUUGGUUGUUCAAGGCAACCACCCUGCCAGGCGAGUACAAGGAAGGCAAGCUGCACGCAUACAGGCUCAUCUGUGCCAUGAUGACGAGGCGACAAGAUGUUCUGCCAAACUCGGAUUUCCUGGUUCACUUCUAUUUUGUGAUGCACCUUGGCUUGACAAGUGAAGACCAGGAUAUCCUGAACACGGUCAUCAGGCACUGCCCGCCGUGGUUUUUCUUCCUGGGCUUGCCUGGCUUUACCAUGCUCAUCGGGGACUUCAUCACGGCGGCGGCGCGGGUGCUGAGUGCGGACACGCUGGAGGCGCCCCGCUCGGAGGCUCACACCAUCCUUGGGUCCCUGGUUUGCUUCCCAAACACCUACCAAGCACUCCCACUGCUGCGGCCCGCUGCCGAGGCGGGCGAGAUCAUCGCAGGAACCGCGGAUGUGAAGUGUUACCUCAUAAAUAUCUUAUUGAAGAAUGCUACAGAGGAGCCAAGUGAAGCUGCAAGGUGCAUAGCCAUCUGUGGCCUCGGAGUGUGGAUAUGUGAAGAGCUGACGCAGUGCACAAACCACCCCCAAGUGAAGGAAGCAAUCAAUGUCAUAGGUGUGACACUGAAGUUCUCUAAUAAACUGGUAGCUCAGGUAGCCUGUGACGUUCUUCAGCUGCUGGUUUCUUACUGGCAAAAGCUUCAGAAGUACGAGCCCUCCCUGUCCAGGAAGAUCACUGAGAUCCUCGUGGCCACUAUUGCCUUUCUCUUGCCGAGUGCUGAGUACUCCUCAGUGGAAGCAGAUAAAAAGUUCAUAGUUUCAUUGCUGCUCUGCCUCUUGGACUGGUGUAUGGCACUGCCCAUGAAAGUGCUGCUGGAGCCAGUGUCUGCUGGUGCUCUUGAAGAUCAACAAGCAUCCAAAGCUCCUUUGCUGGACUACAUUUACAGAGUUCUGCACUGCUGUGUGAAUGGCUCCAGCACCUACACCCAGCAGAGCCACUACGUGCUCAGCCUGGCAGACCUCUCCUCCAGUGACUACGACCCCUUCCUGCCGCUGGGCAACGUGAGGAGCUCAGAGCCAGCCCAGUGCCACUCCUCCACAGACCUGGGCAACCUGCUCACUGUCGCCGAGGAGAAAAGGAGGAGGAAUCUAGAGCUGAUCCCUCUGACGGCGCGGAUGGUCAUGACUCACCUGGUGAACCACCUGAGCCACUACCCGCUCAGCGGAGGCCCUGCCAUCCUGCACAGCCUCCUCAGCGAGAACCACGACAACUCCUACGUGGAGUCCUCCGAGCUCUCCUCGGAAGUCUUCCGGAGCCCCAACCUGCAGCUCUUUGUGUUCAAUGACAGUACUCUUAUCUCCUACCUCCAAAUCCCCACCGAGAAGACGGACACCGAGCCAGCCGCAGCGCCCUCGGACGUCAGGGUGAUUGUCAGAGAUAUCUCAGGGAAGUACUCUUGGGAUGGCAGGAUACUGUACGGGCCUCUGGAGGGCUGCCUCCCGCAGCAGAGCCCAGCGAGCGCGCUGGUCGUCUCCAGCAACCCCCAGCACCACUUCGUUUCCCAGAAGGACCUUUCUCAGGGGGAAGAGGGAGAAGAUGCUCUGGACCAGCUGCUGGAGAGGAUUGGUACCACCAGUCCCGAGUGCCUCCUGCAUCCCCAGCGGAAGCUGAACGAGCCGGCGCCGCCACCCUUGGGCAUGAGCUGCGAGCAGGAGCGCGCGCUCACGGAGGUGCUGAUGAGGCAGAGUGCCCAGGAAGAGCAGUACAUCCUCCAGUGCAGCUCGGACCUCAGCAGGAGGCUGGCCCCCCAAGAGGAACCGCGUCCUGUUGAGCCACAGGCUUCCUUCUAUUUCUGUCGGCUCUUGCUAAAUGACUUGGGAAUGAACUCCUGGGACAGAAGGAAGAGCUUUCAUCUUCUGAAGAAGAAUUCGAAGCUGCUGCGAGAACUGAAGAACCUGGAUUCCCGCCAGUGCCGGGAGACCCACAAGAUUGCAGUGUUCUACAUUGCAGAGGGGCAGGAGGACAAGUGCUCCAUCCUGUCCAACGCAAGGGGAAGCCAGGCCUAUGAAGAUUUUGUUGCUGGACUGGGCUGGGAGGUCGAUCUGUCCACGCACGGGGGGUUCAUGGGCGGCCUGCAGCGCAACGGCAGCACGGGACAGACAGCACCCUACUACGCUACCUCCACCGUGGAGAUCAUCUUCCAUGUGUCCACGAGGAUGCCUUCAGAUUCAGAUGAUUCACUCACCAAAAAGCUUCGUCACUUGGGAAAUGAUGAGGUUCACAUCGUCUGGUCUGAGCACACCAGGAACUACCGCAGAGGCAUCAUUCCCACAGACUUUGGAGAUGUUCUAAUUGUUAUUUACCCCAUGAAGAAUCACAUGUUUUUCAUAGAAAUAAUGAAGAAACCAGAGGUGCCGUUCUUUGGUCCUCUCUUCGACGGAGCCAUCGUGACCGCGAAGCUGCUGCCGAGCCUCAUCUGUGCCACGUGCAUCAACGCCAGCAGGGCCGUCAAGUCCCUCAUCCCGCUCUACCAGAGCUUUUACGAGGAACGAGCUCUGUAUCUCGAAGCAAUAAUCCAGAACCAUAAAGAAGUAAUGACAUUUGAGGAUUUUGCCGCUCAGGUCUUUUCUCCCUCUCCCAGCUACUCCCUCGGUGGAACUGGUGAGUCUCCGCACGUUAUUCUUCUCUUUAGCACUAAGAAGCACUUGAGCAGCAGAUGUACACCUGUUUUUGGUAGAUAAAUGCUUGCAAAUUUAAGACGACCAUUCUUCCCCUGAAUCAACUAAUGAAUAUCAAAAGGAAUGAUGACAUUCAUUUUAAUUUGUUUUGCAUCAGAGCUAUUCACUCUGCUCCUUUCUUCAGCUAUCCUGUUAACCCCCGAAUCUAGCAAGGUUAAUGAACUUUCUCUCAGUAAUGUGCUCUGGUCCAUUCAGGAGGGUGCGUUUCUUGCUGAGCUGGGAAUAUGUUGUUCAAAAGCUAUGCCUGAAUCGGUGCUUACUUAUCGAGAAGAGUUCCUCGCAGUAGAAGCCGUUGCUACUAAUGCUAAAUGGGGAUUAUGCUGCCGAGAUACCAGGGUCAGGGAUUAAUGCACCAGAAAUGUAAGAGCGGUGCUCUGCGCAGAAACCACAGCAGCCAGCAGUAUGCUAACAGAUCCCUUCAAUACACAUGGUCAGGCUGCCUUCCCACACCUGGCCUGGAGCCUGCUUGGGCUGGGUUAAUGUAUGGAAGGAUGCACAUAUGUGUAUACGUGUGUGUAUAUAUAUGUAUGUACAUACACACACAUGAAUGCAGAUCAGCACUCAUCAGCCUUGCUGAAAGAUGGAGAUGUAAUGCUGAGCUCUGUGAGCUCGGACGCUAGUGAGCAGCCAGUAAGACACAAACUGCUGCUUUGCUGUGUUAAUUGGGUUUAAAUAAACGCCUCCUGAAAGGCAGCUUUGACUCUGAAAUGCAGAUUUCCAGUGCCCCCAAGAUGCGUUUUUCCAGCCUCCAAAAAGUGCACGGUCCCCGUGUGCUGGAGUCCCUAACAAAGAUUCCUUAAUCCCUUUUUUACACUCAGAGGGGAAACUGGCACUUUCUCAUUACUCCCUGCUCCUCUUUCGGAUUGUUUAAUAGAUUAUUUCAAACCUGUCUAAAUGUUGCAGGACAUCUGCUCUAUUUCUCUUUAGCCUGACUUGUUAGCAAAUAUCUUCCAUCUAAACUGAAAAAUUGAAGGAAGAAAUUAAAUUUACCCAAAUAAAUCACUUACAAAUAAAAUCAGGCGUGCACCAUUGUUUAACGUUACUGGCUCCGGUCCUGGAGCUCCCGGAGCUUUGUUGGGAGAUAAGAGAAGGCUGCAGGGCCGGCGCUGGUGGCCAGCAGCAGCAGGCAGCAGGCAGUGGAGAUAAGCAAGCUGGCAGGAGGAGAGGGGAGCUGGGCCAUUAACAUAAUCGCGCCUCUGCUUCCUGGAGAGGCGUCAAGAAACACAGCGAUGGCCUCUAUUGAUCUCUGCUGAACUGGAAUACUAAACAACAUUAGAAAAGCUUAUAACUUAAAGCUUUGAUUAAUGUUUUCUACAUUAAAAAGUAGAACAGCUGUGAAUUAAAUUCUUUUAUACACUCUGCCAGAAGUCUGAGACAAAAAAAAUGAUGGGUUUCAAUAGACGUGGAGCCUGCGUGCCAGUGUUGUUCGCGCUGUGAAUCACUAUCUGUUGACGCAUCAGCAAAUCAAAGUGCAGCUCGAUGGGUGUAUUUUAACUGCCUUGCUCUGUGCAUAAUUGUAUUUCGCUUUCACAUUCUUCUUGCGGCACACAGGGAUCCUAUUAUCUACGAAUUCAGGUUGACAAACAAGGACACAGUCGUUUGGUAAUGCCCGAGUUGUACUUUCUGAAGUCUCUGACACAUUUGCCAUGCCAAAACUAUGUAAGAUGUUUCCUAAUACGUGCUUUAGUUUGCCAGAGCACUGUUAAGCCAGUAGUACCUGAAUGGGGUUUGUGAUUUCAGGAUUUUAUUUGUUUUUAAGAGUAAACCCUGCCACAGUCAGGUCCUGGGUUUUGGACUUCCAAACACCAGAAUUUAUGUCACAAAAAACUGGAGGCUGGGCCUGAUCUCUGGCAUCAAACCCUUUACUUCAGAGACUUUCCUCACUUUACCCAGUGAUUUACUUGCAUCUGUAGGGGGAUGUUCCCAAGAGCCGGGUCGGGGGUUCCCAUUAGGAUGUUUUUCCAUCAGUUGCCCAAGGAGCGAAGAGGCUGAAUGCAAACUGCAAGGCUCAGGCCCAGGCAGCAGCCACUGCACGGCAAGUUCCCCUCCCACAGCCUUGUGGGGGGCUGUGCACAGAUCCCGAGCAUCCAUCAGCAUUUUCCCACCUUUGCUGUGGCACAGAAUGGGGGGAUGCUGCCAGCAGCAUCCAGAACUAAAGAACACAGCAGCACGAGUGCAGCUGGACCAGGUUUGCAGCAUCUCUUUAUCCCUCCUGGUGAUUAGGAAUAGGAAGGGAUGUAAAACUCUCCUGGAGCUGCUGUCGGUGUGGGCGCAGUGGGGACAAGCAGGACGGUCUCAGCCAUGAGCAGCACUGCUCUGUGUUCCGCUGCACACAGCCCGUCCCUCUGUGCCAUGGGCACUUAGACCUCCUCCCGGCUUAGACUCACCUGCCCUGCACCUGCAGAAUGGGCUGUCUGUUGCUUGAGGGGCAGGGAUGGUGUUUCUGUCCAUGGGAGAGGGGAAUUUCUGUUCUGAAAUGGAAAAAAUGAACCCCAAAGCAGUGAAUGAGUGGAGCUCAUCCAGGGCUGUGUUUCCCCUUCUUCAGUAACAAGGAGCUGCCCAGCUCAAACUUUUCAGGUAAAAUUCAGGUGAAUUUUCCUCCAAUCUUAAUAGCAGUUACUUGGAAUCAUGUCAUCGCUGCAUAUACACGUGCGCAAGAGAAAGGGGCAGUGAGUAAGUGAGCUUUUGAUUAAAGUGAAGUUUGUUUUUAGCAGUCAACACGGUACAAGAAGCAGAUCAGAUCUGUGAAAUGAAUCACGUAUCUGGCUGUUAAUGACACACGUUAUUGGGGUGUUAUUAACUGUCAUCUAUUUAUUUGAACUCGAUGCUUUUAUAUUUUCUGAUGGUGCCCCAGGGAUGCUGCCCCUGGACUCAGCUGGGAUGGGGCUCUCUUACAAGGAUGCCCUGGCUGUCCCCUUCCACACAUGGCCUCGCAGGUGCACGAAAAUCAUGCAGUUGAGACCCUCUCUUGCUGUUUUCAGAAGCAGAGCCUGAAACUCCCCUCGUGUAGCACAGGGAGCUCCAUGUAUCUCAAAGGCUGGAAGUGCCUCCUGGUAGGCAGAAUGGGCAUCCCUGAGCUCAUUGAGGGGAAGUGCAGAUUAGGAACAAAAGAUGAGAAUUCGGGCCUUUGUUGUUAAACUAGUACAUUACAUGCUGUAUUUUAAUUAGGCUGGGUCUGAGAGUCAGCCCAGGAAAUCCUCAGUAAUCCAACACUAGUGAAUUGCUCUUAUCCUUUCCCUCUGCAGAUUUCUCUGGGAUUCAGGGAUGGGGUUUAAGCUGCUAUCUUUUCCUGCUCUUGCUCCCUCGGCCAAAAAGAAAAGCAGUUAUUCCCCCAAAUGCUUGUGUGUUCCUGAAGAAACGCCAUCAAACUGAAACAGGCACAAACAGAUACAAAAGCAUUCCAACUUUAAUUACCUCUGGGACUAAAGAGCGCUUGCUGGUUUGUUGGUUGGGGUUUUUUCACUUGAGAUCAGCAGCCAGAACGGUGUUAGCCCUUAGGAAAUGGAAGUGCUCAGGUGUGCCAGGAAGAGAAAGAGGGCUUUAGGCUCAGAGGGGCAGAUUUCUGCUCUGGAGACAGCCCCCAGCUCUGCUUGUCAGCAGCGUGGACAUGCAGAUGGUGCUCAAAGGGUUAACUGGAGCGGGCACACUUGACUGCUGAGAGGACUGAUCUAAUCACUGCCAUAUCCAAGUGCAUCUGUUCACCAUGAGGUCAUCCUUGUGCAUGCUAAUGAUUUGGAAAAUAAAGCAUAAUGCUCGACGUUAUCAGGAGGGAUAGAGUGUGCAUCUUGGCUAGCAGCUAUUGUGGAAUGAAGCACAGCAGAAGCAUCCCAGGGUCUUGCUUUCCAUUUCCGUGGUUUAAAGCACUGUUUGCAGUGGAGCGUCAGGAAAACUGUGCUGGAAAAGUCUGCCAUGUGCUAUCUGUUGAUAAAUGGAUUCUUUAAUGAACGUUAGAGCAUUGCCCAGGAGCAGCACUUGAGUUGAGGAACUGUGGAGGUUUCCAGCGUUCUUGGUUUGACGCCUGCCUGUGAUUUACAUAAGCCCAGGACUCUGCAGCCUUUCUCUUGGAAAGGUGACACAUGCUCUGCCUUUGUCUCGGGGCUUCUACACACUUACAUUCCUUGUAGAAAACCCUUGAGGGUCCCACAAGCGACAUGGGCUUUAUUUUAGGACACUGAUGCCCAGCUGCAUCGUUCCCACUUCAAAGAGAAAAGGAGUAUUUCAAAUGGCCAUGUAAUUUUAAAAUCUGCUCUUUGACAGAAGCAAAACCAACCCU